AUGAGCCCCGACCGCGAGCCGCAGGAGCGCCCCGAGGGGGACGCGGCGCGACCGGGCCGGGCGGCGCAGGCCGACGACGACGCCUUCAAGGACAUCGCCGCCUACUUCUCCCGGGCAGACUGGGCGGCGAUGGGCGCCUGGGAGAAGGGCCGGUACCGGAACGUGAAGAGCAACUACGAAGUGCUGCUCGGCCUCGGUCCCCGGGCCCCGCGGCCCGCCUUCAGGUCCCGCCGCAGGCGGGCGGCCGCGCCCCGGGCGGCGGCCAGCGACCACUCGGACGAGGAGUGGACGCCCAGGCAGCGAGUCAAACCUUCUUGGGUGGCCUUCAGAGGGGAGCAGAGUAAACACCACAAGGCAAUGUCCAGACCAUCAUUAAGCAAUGAAUCUAGUUUGAAGGAAUUGUCCAGAACAGCGAAUUUGCUGACUGCAAGUGACUCAGAGCAGGCCCAGAAACCACUGUCCCCUCCUGCAGAAACAAGUGCCUCUGGAGAGCACAUUAGAGAAAAGUCAGAAUCCAGGAGAAAGGAGGUAGAUGUGAAGAUGUAUAGCCUGCGAGAAAGAAAGGGCCAUAUGUACCAAGAGGUCAGUGAGCCCCAGGAUGAUGACUACCUUUAUUGUGAGAAGUGUCAGAACUUCUUCAUCGACAGCUGUGCUGUGCAUGGGACCCCUACAUUUGUAAUGGACAGUGUAGUGGACAAGGGGCAUCUCCACUGCUCAGCCCUCACCCUGCCCCCUGGGUUGAGAAUCGGGCCAUUAGGCAUCCCUGAGGCUGGGCUUGGAGUGUGGAAUGAGGCAGCUGACUUGCCAGUGGGUCUGCAUUUUGGCCCUUAUGAAGGACACAUCUCAGAAGAUGAAGAGGCAGCCAAUGGCGGCUACUCCUGGCUGAUCACCAAAAGGAGAAACUGCUAUGAGUAUGUGGAUGGAAAGGACAAAUCCUGGGCCAACUGGAUGAGGUAUGUGAACUGUGCCCGGGAUGAUGAAGAGCAGAACCUGGUGGCCUUUCAAAACCACAGGCAGAUUUUCUAUCGAACCUGCUGGGUCAUCAGGCUGGGCUCUGAGCUGCUGGUCUGGUAUGGGGACGAGUAUGGCCAGGAGCUGGGCAGCAAGUGGGGCAGCAAGUGGAAGAGAGAGCUUACGACCAGGAGAGGUAGUGAAGACACCAGUGUGUUCCACAGCAUGUUCAGCGUCAGCAUCACCUCGUUUAUGUUGGUGGGGUCUGGCUCCUGGAAAAUGGGGAUGGGCUUUCCACUGACGACAACCUUCCACCUUCCCAUUCUCAGCCUGGACUGA